GGCGCCACGUCUACUGUGCAACGGCCAACUUCAACCCACCUCCAAAAUUCCCCGCUUCGGACGCACACCACCGCGCCGUACUCCGCUCCACUCCCCGACCCCCGACGACGCCGCAUCGCCUAGAGGGAAUCAGGGAAGGAAGCAUCCGACCAUGAGCGCCGCCGCGACCAACGUCGCCGUCAUCGGAGCCGGAAUCUCGGGCGCCGUGUGCGCGUCGCUCCUCGCCGCGCGCGGGGUGGCGGUGACGCUCUUCGACUCCGGCCGCGGCGCCGGCGGCCGCAUGGCGCAGCGGAGAGAGGUGAUGGACGACGGCACGGAGCUGCGCUUCGACCACGGCGCGCCCUACUUCACCGUGAGCAGCGACGAGGUUGCCCGGGUCGUCAGCGGCUGGGAGGCGCGGGGGCUCGUAGCUGAGUGGAAGGCCAUGUUCGCGUGCUUCGACAGGGAGGCCGGGAAAUUCAGGGACUUCGAUAAGAUGGAGGAGGGAACAACUAAGAAGUAUGUGGGAGUUCCAGGCAUGAACUCAAUAUGCAAAUCUCUGUGUCUAGAGGAUGGCGUGGUGGCCAGAUUUGGUGUUACUGUUGGAAAGAUGGAUUGGCUUCAAAAUGGGAGCUCAUGGUCACUGACUAGCUUGGAUGGCAAAGAUCUUGGCAAUUUUGAUUAUGUGGUAGCAACUGAUAAGAACGUAGCAUCGCAUAAGUUUUCCGGGUUAACUGGAAGGCCUCCGCCUCUUGAUUUGUCAGUAUUUCCAAAUUUGUCAACAAUGUUUCAAGACAUCCCAGUUCGCCCCUGUUUUGCUCUGAUGUUAGCAUUCUCAGAGCCUCUAGCUAUGGUACCUGUCCAAGGGUUCUCUUUCUACAAUUCUGAUUCUCUAAGCUGGGCCUUCUGUGAUAGUAGCAAGCCAGGACGUGUUUGUUUACCUCCUAACAGUCAAUCGUGGGUACUGCGUUCGACCGCUGAGUAUGCUUCUAAGGUAAUAAACAACAUGGGUCCCCGAAAACCUUCGGCAGAUGCCCUUGCUAAGGUUGCGGAGGAUUUGUUCAAAGAAUUUCAGGCUACAGGACUGAACAUUCCACAGCCAAUUUUUAUUAAAGCUCAUAGAUGGGGUAGUGCUUUCCCAGCUAUUUCUAUUGGCGGUGAUGAUAAAUGUGUGUGGGAUAAGAGCAUGAAAUUGGCUGUAUGUGGAGAUUUCUGCACAAGUCCAAGUGUUGAAGGAGCUGUUGUUAGUGGCAUGACAGGAGCUUCCAAAAUCCUUGGAUGUUUAAACUUUCCAUCAGGGUUGUGAUAUGUGAGUUUGACUGGCAUCAAAUUUGUCUUGAUUCCUCUUUGGUCCAUAUUUGUGCAUUCAUUUGUCUUUUUAAGGGAUGCACUCUUUGUAUAGUAACUGUUAAUUUCCCCUACUGGGAGCCAUAUUUUUGCUGAGUAGUAUUGUGUGAAAUAAGAAAUAAAUGCUUAUGCUGAUGGCAAGAAUGCUAUGUACAUUUGAAGUUGUAAAUUUGUACUAGUAUGUUCAUGUUUUAGCCCCUGAUCAA